AUGAGCUCCUUUCAACCGUCCCAGCAGGUCUCGAGACAGGCCACCAUGGAUCCCAGGAACGAGAUCAACCCGUUGAUGGAUCACUUCAUCGGCGUCGAUGUUGGCACCGGUAGUGCUAGAGCUUGCAUCAUCAACGAUAAAGGCGAUAUCGUUGGGUUGGCAUCCGAAAACAUUGGUCUCUGGCAGCCCCAGCAAGGCUACUAUGAGCAAUCGACUGCCGAUAUCUGGAGAUGCAUCUGCAUGUGUGUCCAGCGAGUCAUCAGCCAGCACAACAUCAACCCCCUCUCCAUCAAAGGCAUCGGGUUUGAUGCGACCUGCUCACUAGCUGUCUUCGCUCACGAUACCGGCGAACCCAUCUCUGUCACCGGACCGAACUUCGAUACCGAACGCAACGUUAUCCUCUGGCUCGAUCAUCGCCCCGUGGAAGAAACCGAGAAGAUCAAUGCUACUGGCCACAACUUGCUCCGGUAUGUCGGAGGCAAGAUGUCCAUCGAGAUGGAGAUUCCAAAGGCCCUCUGGCUCAAAAACAACAUGCCAAAGGAGCUGUUUGAUAGAUGCAAGUUCUAUGACCUAGCAGACGCACUCACUCAUUUGGCCACUGGCAACGAAAAGAGAAGCUUCUGUAGUGUAGUCUGCAAACAGGGAUAUGUCCCUGUCGGCGUUGAUGGAAGCAUCAAGGGAUGGCAACCUGACUUUUUAAAUGCGAUUGGCUUGGAGGAUCUUGCUGCCGAUAACUUCAAGAGGAUGGGUGGCGUUAACGGAGAGAACGGAGAAUAUUUGAGUGCUGGUGAGCUGGUUGGUGGACUUUGUGAAUCUGCUGCCGCUGAACUUGGCCUUCCUGCUGGCAUUGCAGUCGGUAGCGGUGUAAUCGAUGCAUACGCAGGGUGGAUUGGGACUGUUGGUGCCAAAGUCGACUUGGACUCUGAUCUGUUGAGCUCUGAUGCUGCUAACAACGACAGAACCCAGGCUUUCACUCGUCUGGCUGCCGUGGCUGGUACCUCCACUUGCCAUUUGGCCAUGUCCCCUAACCCGGUCUUUGUUCCUGGUGUCUGGGGUCCCUACCGUGAUACCAUAAUGCCGGGUUUCUGGAUGGCAGAAGGCGGGCAGUCGGCCACUGGCGAGCUGCUUAAACACGUUAUCGAAACCCACCCAGCGUUCAAUGAAGCUCUCUCGGUUGCGGAGUCCUACAACUCUAACAUCUACGAUUAUCUGAAUGAACGUCUAAGAGAAAUGGCAGCCGAAUCCAAGGCUCCCUCCAUAUCCUACCUUGGCCGUCACUUCUUCAUCUACGGUGACCUGUUUGGAAAUAGAUCCCCAAUUGCCGAUCCGCAAAUGUCCGGUGCGGUCAUUGGCCUGUCCAGCGAUAAAUCUGUCAAUGGACUGUGCCUAUACUAUUAUGGCACUUUGGAAUCUAUUGCACUGCAGACACGCCAGAUCGUGGAGACAAUGAACAAGGCUGGCCACAAUAUUACCUCGAUAUUUAUGUCUGGUUCUCAAUGCCAGAACGAUAUUCUAAUGGGCCUCAUAGCAUCGGCCUGCUCGAUGCCAGUUUUUGUCCCACGCUACGUCCACGCUGCCGUCUGCCAUGGUGCCGCCAUGCUCGGAGCCAAGGCCGCCAGCGCUGAUAAGGAUGGAAAGACUGAAGGCCUAUGGGAUAUCAUGGACCGAAUGAGCAAGCCCGGUAAGGCGGUUUACCCAACCAAAGAUGAGCACGAAAAGAAGCUGCUUGAGGUUAAGUACAAGGUUUUCCUGGAGCAAUGCUAUAAGCAACAAGAAUACAGGUCAGAUGUAGACAAGGCCGUUGUGGGAUGGCAUUCUUCUUAG